GUUAAGCCGCCAAAAUGGAGACGGAUGUGUCCGAUGUCGGCCACACCUUUUCAGUAGAAGACAUGACUCUGGACCCAGACCUGAAUGACACUGACAACUAUGGCGUCCCAGACCCCGGGCUGCUCGAAGAACAUGAGCUGUCGUUCACGAAGCUGGUCCCGAAGCUUUUCCUGAGGAGCUCCUGGCGGAGAAGCACGGCCCCCAGCGCCCGCGCCCGCCUGCUGUGGCUGCUGCUGCGGAGAAGCCUCCGCAACGUCGUGGAAAAGGAGAAGCGAUCUGAGCUGCGCGUGGCUCGCCUGACGCACGGACUGGAGCCGCUGCGCCGCCUGGAGGUGGCGGACGGGCUGCGCUCGGUGGCGCAGGACCCGGUGGGGAGACGCUUUGUGGUGCUGGACGGGGCGGGCUGCCUGCACCUGCACCGAGAGGACGGCUGGGCUCUCGGGACGCUGCCGGCCCCCGUGCCACUCACGGGGCUGGUGGCUGUGCGGGGCCCACUGGGCUCCAUGAGCCGCUUCGUGGGCUGGGGCCCCGCAGGGCUGGCCAUCCUGAAGCCAGACCUCAGCCUGCUGUGGCUGAGUGAGCCAAGAGUGGGUCGGCCGCCCCGCCGCGAGCCCAUCUGCUGCCUGCCGGUGCCGGACCUGCGCCUGCUGCUGGUAGCGGAGGCGGGCGGAGGCCUGGCGCUCUGGAAGUUCCGUUUAGAGGGUCGCUGCCUGUUGCCUUGCGGGCCCUCGCUGCAGCCCCAGUUAAGCUGCGCUGGUGCCCUCACGCGCCUGGCUCUGGGGCCCCUGGCUCCCAACUACAUCCCUCGCUGCUUCGCGGCCUAUGGCUCGGCUGUGCUCACCUUCGAUCUGCGCACCUGGACUGUCACAGACGUGCGCCAGGAUCUCCACAAAACCACCAUCUCUGACCUGGCGUACUGCGCGGAGAUGGAGGCCAUGGUGACAGCUUCCCGAGACAGCACAGUGAAGGUGUGGGGGGCUGACUGGCAGAUCCGGAUGGUGUUCGUGGGCCACACAGGCCCGGUGACAGCUAUUGCCGUGCUCCCCAACACGACCCUGGUGCUGUCCGCCUCUGGGGACGGGACGCUCCGCACGUGGGACCUGCAGGCGGUGGCUCAGGUGGGCGAAGUGAUGCUGAGCUACUGGGGCCAGAGCACGCGGUCAGAGAGCGUGAACCAGCUGCUGGCGCCCGCCAGCCCCGGCUGGCCGGUGCUCUCCGUGCGCGCGGGCAGCGUGGAGCUGUGGUGCCUGCGCGAGCUAUACUCACCGUUGGCGCAGCUCUCCGCACCCAUCCUGCACCUGCAGGUGGCGCCCGAGCUGCCCCUAUCCCCAUACCUGCCAGCUCGCCUCGUGUGCGCCUGCACCGAUGGCUCCGUCUACCUGGUGAACCCCGAGACGGGGCGCACAGUGAGCGCGCUGCUGCUCGGGCCUGAGGACUGCGCCGCCGCCGUGGCCUACUGCCUGCCGCGUGAGGUGCUGUGGCUGCUGACGCGCGCCGGGCACCUGGUGCGGGCCAACGCGGCGUGCAGCCCCAUGCGCGUGCUGCUCCGCAAGAGCCCGCUGCCGCUCCCGGCGCCCCGGCCCUGCUGCCUGCACCUCUACAGCCACCUCACUGACCCAAGGAGCGCGUUCUCCAGCUGGGAGACGGUGCGCCAGCACAAAGGUGAGGUGGGCCACAGCGACGUCCGAACAUGGAAGGAGAAGAACAGGUACCUGCCCCUGGUGGGGCACACGGAUGGCACCUUGUCGGUGCUCAGCUGGCACACACUGGAGCCCGUCUUCCACACAGAGGCGCACAGCCCGGGUCCGGUCACUGCCGUCGCAUCGACCUGGAACAGCGUCGUGUCCUCCGGCGGGGACUUGACGGUGAAGAUGUGGCGUAUGUUCCCCUACUCGGAGGAGAGCCUGAGCCCGCUACGCACCUUCUCCUGCUGCCACCCCGCCCUGGCGCUGUGCGCUCUCCGGAAGAACAUUAUGGUGGCCUUCGAGGAUCCCGACAGCGCCACCUACGGGCUGGUGCAGUUUGGCCUGCGCAGCAGCCAGCGCUAUGACCACCGACCCCAGGACGACCACUUGGACCACAUCACUGGCCUGUGCUGCUGCCCCACACUCAAGCUGUACGCCUCCUCCAGCCUGGACUGCACUAUGCGGAUCUGGACCACAGAGAACCGCCUGCUGCGACUCCUGCAGCUGAAUGGAGCGCCUCAAGCUCUGACCUUCUCCAGCAACAAUGGGGACCUGGUGCUAGCCCUGGGCUCCCGCCUCUGCCUGGUAUCCCACAGGCUCUACCUGCCCACAACCUACCUGGUUAAGAAGCUGUGCCAGAAGCCCCCCGAUGGGCUCGAUGACCUCCCCCUGCCGCUGACCACCCAGGAGUCUCUGACUUCAGUCCAGCUGGAGAGGCUGGCCAGCCUGCAUGGGGUGGCCAGCCUCAGUUCAGCCGGCAGGCCUGCUGAGCCAACCUGGAGACUCCCACCCAGCUGCCCUGGCUCAAGCUCGGCCUUGUCUUUCAUCCGCCACUGGACGGCAGUACCUCAGCAGCCGCUCUUGAAGGAGGACCUGGAACCCUUAUUAGCCCGGGACCAAGACCUUCAACAGCUGAGACGGGGGCAAGUGGUACCAGCAGCCCCGGCCCCGCUCUCCUGGAAGCAGCAACUGGAGGCCUUUGACAAUUACUUGUAUCUGGUCUACGGCCCAGCCCUGCUGGUGGGUGGGGUGCUUCCCCGCACCAGCCCGGACCCAGCCCCUUCCUCCAUCCUGGGGCUCUGGCACCACCCCCUGCCCUGCCUGCACCCCCAGGGCAUGCAUCCCAAGACAGAGUCCCAGCAGUGGACCAGCAUGGCCAUCACAGUGGAGAAGAACGGAGAUGUGUCCACCCUGCCGAGUGUCACCCCCAGUCUGGCGAAGGCCGGGCUCUGCACUGACUCUCCCAAAAUGCUGCCUCCACGGGACCAGGGGGCCCUGAGCCAGCGCUUCCCCCACCCUCCCCGAGUCACCCUGCCCAUCCCACCCACCCACCAGCGGGAACACAGCAGGGCAUCCCAGCCUGACUGCAGGACCCUGCCCCCCACCCUGACUCCUCCCGUGCCCCAGCUGCUGGCCCACUCCUCCCUGAGCUCCUUCCUGGGCCUCAGCAUGGACCUGCAGCUGCAGUCGGAGCAGCUCCGACAGGAGACGCCUGCGGCCCCAGAAGCACCGUCUUCCCACCUGAAGCACAGGGUCCCGCUGCUGCUGGGAAGGCGGCCCAAAGAGCUCCUCUCCGACCUUGGGGGCUUCUUUCCUGCCUCUGUUCAGCACUACAAGAACCUGCGGAGGCCCAUCCACUUCCCAGGCUGGGUCCCCAACUCCGUGGUGCUGCAGCAGAUGUGGCUGCCCCAGGAGGUCAGCGGCCUGGGGAACCUCCCUCAGCUGACCGCCAGAGACUCCUCUAAGUGGCUAGUGAUGCUGUCCCCUCUGCAGCCAGCGGGCAGCCAGGAGGACCUGUGGCUGUUGCGGGACAGACAGCCCCACACCAGGAGCCAGAUCCAGUGGUCGGAUGAGGGGGAUGAGGACCUGGACCUGGACCUGGACCUGGAGCUGGACUGGACCUUGGACUAUCCCCUCUCAUCUCCGGAGCUCUCCCAGGAACUGCUGACGUUGGAGAAGUCGGCAGUGACGCAGGGGCGCGCCCCCAGCAGUGCUGCGGUGAGUAGAGUAGAGAGAGAAGCGAGGCCUUCAGUGGUCACCACGGCCCUCCACGCCACCAGCACCAUUCAGAAAUAUGAGUCCUUGGCCAAGAGACGCGUCCGGGAGACUACUGCCAGGACAGAGACCUUUUUACGCCGCCACCAGCACCGCCUCGGGCACUCGCUCUGGGAACUGCGCUACGGGCACCUGCCCAGGUUCCUGCGUUUCUUUGUCAUCCAGAACUGGUUCAAAAAGCUCUUCCCCAUCUUCACCUUGGAGGCAUACCCCGAGGUGGGCACGGUGGACGGCCUGGCCUCGCGGCUCAUGGACCUCUUGAAGGAGGCCUCCUGGGAGGACCGUGUGCACAUCCUGCGGGCGCUGCUGAGGCUGCUGCCUGAGAUGAGCAAAACCCUCUACAAGAAGCUGCAGGAGACCCUCAAGUACCUGCUCAACCUGGACGAGCCCCCCAACCUCCAGGAAAAGACCCAGAGGCAGUUUGUGAUGCUGGCUCUGCAGCUGCAGCUGGCCUGCUCCCUGGAAUCCCGCGAGGUGGUGCUGGAGCUCAUGUCCUACCUCCUCUACUCGCCGGCCUCCUGCAGGCCAGAGCUCAAGAAGCUGCUGGAAGGGCUGGGCCUCCAGGACCCGGAGGGCUUCCUGUUCAGGGAGAUGAUGACCUGGGUGCAGGACAUGGACCUGCACUGCAAGGCCGUGCUGCGCCGCUGCUGUUCCCAGAAGCUGGAGGAGAUGACCCACCUCCUGCAGGUGGGAGGAGGGGGACCUGCCAGUGGAACCUCUUCUUGCCUUCUCCCAGGGCUUUCCCCAGGUGCAGGGAGAGCAGGGGAGGCUGGGAGGCCUUGCCUUGCUCUAGAUCAGCGGUUCUCAACCUGUGGGUCGCGACCCAUUUGGGGGUCAAACGACCCUUUCACAGUAUUAAAGGGUCGCGGCGUUAGGAAGGUUGAGAACCACUGCUCUAGAUCCACGGCACCUGUCCUCCUAGUCCCGCCUCUCUCGGGAUCUUCCUGCUUCUUCCUGGGAGGGAGUCUGCAGCGGGGUCCAGCUGGGGUCCAGGAGCAGCACCCCGAUUCGGCCUCCUGCCCCCACCCCCUCCCCUCUCCCCCGCAGGUAGAAGCCUUGCAGCCGUCAGUUGCCAGGUUGUCGGAGGUGCUGCCCAAGGUCUCUGAGACUGUGCUGUCGCCCAUCUCCUCGGGGCACUCGGUGCACUCCACUCUCUCCACCGUCUCCUGGACACCCUUGCAGCCGGGCUUGCCCAGAGACCUGGAUGCCCAGGUCCAGCAGCUGGUCUCGCCGUUCCCCGUCUACCACAGCCACCGCACGUUCUCCGAGAGCCUGAUGCCCUUCUCCUCCGUGCCCGACAUCCACGUGCGCUCCUCGGCGCCCGACGCGAUGCCUGACCACCCACUGCCGCUGGAGCAGACAGACUGGUCGCGGUCAAAGAUGCUGGACCUGGGGCCGAUUGACGCACUCAACUUAUUCUGCAAGCAGCGGAGGAGCUGCGUGCAGGAGGCGGCCGGGGACCAGAGGCUGCACGUGCUGCCGCCCAACGCCGUGGUGCCACAGCCCCGCGAUCACCUGCUUGACCCCAUUCUCAGGCUCCAGGAGAUCAAGCUCCAGGGAUCUGCAGUGAGACUGAGGGGCCGGGUGCUGGCCCGGCACGGUGAGGGCCGCACCCUCGACGGCUGCAUCCGGACGCUGAAGCUGCCUCUGCCUCGGGUGGAGCUGCGGCCUUUCCCCGUGGACUGGCCCAGGCCCGCCCGCCCGCUGCCGCCCCCGCUCCUGCAGCCAGCCCUGCAGCGCUACUUCCUGCCGGACCUUGCAGACCCGGACUUCUACCGCUGACCCGCUGGCGACCUUGGCCGGACCCUGGUCCCAGCCCCACCUGCCCUCCAGCAGGGGUUCAGGACACAGCUCUCCACCCGCUGUCCACCCCUGGCCAAGACUGGGGACUGGAAUAAAGUCCAGCCA